AUGUGGACGCUGAAACGGCGUUCUCUGUUCAGCAUCGGCGUGCUAUUGCUGUUGUACAUGAUUCGGCAGGAGACGGCGUUCCUGAUGCCCAAGCCGUCCGGGAGGGACCGCGUGGUCUUAAGGGCCCGGAUACCACCUGAAGCCGAUCCAAACAUUCCGUGGCAUCCUCUUAUGAAAAAGGGCAGGCCACAUGGUCCCAUUAAGUUACCGGCCUCAUUCGAGGCUCUGCGGUCGCUGCGCAUUUUCGAAGAACCGAGGCUAGAUGCCGAGCUUCUCCCUGAGCGUGUUGUUCAGAAGGGAACACACUUCUCGGUGGAGGAGGUGGUAUAUGAUGGGCAAAUCCGGGGUCAGGCAAUCUUCUUCUUGAAGCCCAAGAGAGUCUUUUACAAGGAGUCCCGAAACCUUCCCGAUGACGGCGAGGACUAUGGCGAAGGGGGGUGGCUUUGUGGCAUUGGCACCGAGAAGGGCGCCUGGUUCUGCAGGAAACUGGUGCGACGGCUGAGGUUCUAG